GACCUUGGUAGACCUAUUCACCCUCCAUGGGAGCCUCGAAGAAUUCCUGCUGCUUCUGAAGAUGCACAAAGCCCUCUACCAGAACUGGAGGAGGUUGUCGUACACAACCUUUCUAGCAACAGAGAUGAGCGAUGUCCAAAAGCAGACCGUGAAAGGGUUGAUGUUUAUAGGCGCUCUGAUGGUGCUGGCAAGGGCAACAUGGGAAAUGCUUGGACUACACCAGGACCACCCCUACCAAGAAUGGAGUACGAAGCAGGUAUACCACCAGCUGCAGCUCGGACCAGCCCAGAUAAGGUCGCUUGCAAUGCAAGUACAUAACAAAAUUGGUAACAUAAAUACGGUUUAACAAA